AUGGUCAAGUAUAUUUCCCCCGAUGAGUUGGCCGCUAUCAUGAGAAGCGACAAAGUGCCGAUGAAAGAUUACUGCAUUGUAGAUGUGCGGGACGACGACUGGCACGGUGGAAACAUCAAAGGUUCACAUAACUCGCCAUCGAAUGGGUUCUUGGUGAAGGUCAAUGAGCUCGUUGCGAAAACGAAAGAUGUCCCCACAGUCGUCUUCCAUUGUGCUCUCUCUCAAGUUCGGGGUCCCCAAGCCGCUAGGAUCUAUGCGGAGACACGUGAUGCUCAGGAACGAGGCCAAAAUCCUGGUCCAGGAUACGAAGUCCUGGUUCUGCAGGGCGGGUUCCAGGACUUCCAGGCAAAGUUUAGAAACGAUUCUCAGCUUGUUGAAAAUUGGAAACAUGAGGUCUGGGGAUACCACUUUUGA